UCGCUGUCGGUUCUUCCUCGGAGCAGCGUAUCCCUCUUAAAAACCCCCUGCGCUCUCCCCAUGCCCCCCCACCUCCGCACCCAGCUCACAGCCGGUAGGCCCCACCCUCCUCAACAAAAACAGGCUCCUUUCCAUUGUUGAACCCCACUUCCGCUUCAAGCCUUCAACCUCCUCCGUUCUUUACUUAUUAUUCUCGUUUCCGUCAUAACCCUGUCUCGCCGUCGUGGAGAUGAGCGUUGCCGCCGAUGACCACCACCACCACGAACCCUACAGCGAAGCCGAUGCUCCCCACGUCCUCCGCCGCUCCCGCUGCUAGCCGCCCCAACCGCCACUGCUGCCCUCGUCCCCCUCGCCGCGGCGGGCUCGCCGCCUCCGUCGCCGCCGCCGUCGCCCUCCUCCUCGCCUCCUCCGCCUGGCUCUCCCUCGUCUUCUCUUCCCUCUCCCCCCUCCCCUGGCACCGCCUUCGCUCCUGGGACACCUCCUCCUUCUCCUCGUCCUCCUCCGCUGCCGCCCCCUUCCUCUCCCCCAACUCCCCAUCUCCCCCUCCCCAUGACUCCACCGCCCGCGCCUCUUCUCCCGGCUCCCCCUCCCUGGAGGACGACUCCGCCGCGCCGCUCUCCCUCCGCCACGUCGUCUUCGGCAUCGCCGGCUCCGCCCAGCUCUGGCCGCGCCGCCGCGAGUUCCUCCGCCUGUGGUGGCGCCCGGGGGCCAUGCGUGGGCACGUCUGGCUCGACGACCGCGUCCCCCGCCCCCGGAACGCCUCCCUCGCCCGCGACCUCCCCCCGGUCCGCGUCUCCGAGGACAUCUCCCGCUUCCGGUACACCAACCCUACCGGCCACCCCUCGGGCCUCCGCAUCUCCCGCAUCGUCGCCGAGAGCUUCCGCCUCGGCCACCGUGGCGCCCGCUGGUUCGUGCUCGUCGACGACGACACCAUCUUCUGCCCCGACAACCUCGUCGCGGUGCUCGGCAAGUAUGACUGGACUGAGAUGGUGUACAUCGGGGCCCCGUCGGAAAGCCACUCCGCUAACACUUACUUCAGCCAUUCGAUGGCCUUCGGUGGCGGGGGGAUCGCCAUCAGCUAUCCGCUGGCCAAGGCCCUCACCAGGAUGCAGGACGAGUGCCUCGAGAGGUACCCCAGGCUUUAUGGGAGCGACGACCGCCUCCAUGCCUGCAUCUCGGAGCUCGGGGUCCCGCUUACCCGGGAGUUUGGAUUCCACCAGUGGGAUAUUAGGGGGAAUCCUCAUGGCCUUUUGGCCGCUCACCCUAUUGCUCCUUUCAUCUCAAUACACCAUGUUGAAGCUGCGGAUCCUAUUUACCCUGGCUUGAGCUUACUUGAAAGCCUAAAGCUUUUUACCAAGGCUAUGAAGACUGAUCCUCAGAGUUUCUUGCAGCGUGCUAUUUCUUAUGACAGAAGGAAAAAGCUUACAUUCUCCGUCUCAUUGGGAUAUGUUGUUCAAGUGUUCCCUAGCAUUAUUCUCCCACGGGAGUUGGAACGUUCUGAGCAAACAUAUGUUGCUUGGAACAGAAUAGGUGACAGGAAUGAGUUUGAUUUCGAUACAAGGGAUGUUUAUAGGUCAGUGUGCAAGAAGCCAGUUCUGUUUUUCUUGAAUGAUAUUCGGAAGGAUGAAAACAUAACCAUGGGUUCGUACUUACGAGCUAAGGGAAGGGAUGACCUUAAAAGGAGGGUUUUCUGCUUUCCCCAAUCGCCUCCUCUGCAUGAUGUGGAUGAAAUUCAAGUACUGGGGAACCCAUUGAGCCAAAAUUGGCAUUUGGUGCCAAGGCGGCUGUGCUGUAAAGUAGCUCAAAAAAGUAAUGGGACUCUGAGGAUAAUUGUUAAACAAUGUGAGCAGGGAACUUUUGGGUCAGCUGCUGAUUCUUUAUGACAACCGAGGGAGAGGUGGCAUGUACAUCAUCUCUCCAAACAUGACAGCUUGAAUAUGAAGUUUGUUAUGAACAGAAGGCUCAUUUUUCGUGUGCAUUAACUAUUUCAUCUCAUAUUUGAAGCUGGCUUUUGACAUAUUGGAGCACUCAGCAUUUUGGAGGCAAUGCUUACAAACUUUAUUCAGAGGUAAUUUCUUAUUUUCUAGGUACACAGUCGAUGAGGAACUCAUCUUCCAUUUGUUAAGCAUUGGAAAAAUAUUCUUUGCCUUCAAAUUUUGUUCAGAAGGCGUUCCAUCAUAAUCUGAUUAUGAAAUCAGUGAGUAGACACAGAGCUAUAGCCACCUGUCUCUCUUGUUGAUAUGAUCAAUGUCCAGAUACUUAACUCUCUUUAUUUAAAAGAACUAGUAUGAUAACCCUCGAUGUGUACAAUUUC